UGGACUGCGCAGACUGCAGAGACAGAGAGUACUUUCGCUGACAAUCAAGUUCGAACUGCGGAGCCUUUUUUUCUUUCUAACUGCAUCUAAACGUCGUGUCGUAGAACGAUUUCUGCGUUACCCAGCGGGAUCAAGUUGUGUUAUUGUUGACGUUACUCUUCACCAUGCCGAGGGGUGGGAAAAAGGGCCAUAAGGGCAGAGGGAAGCAAUUUAGCAAUCCCGAGGAGAUUGACCGACAAAUGAAAGCCCAGAGAGAGCUGGAAGCAAAUGCUGGUGUGGAGAAAGAGAGCGGUUCAGAGUCUGAAGAGGAGAGUAGCAGCGAGGAUGAGUCUGAGUGUAAGAAAAGGAGCGGGGUGGAGGGACUUAUAGAAAUUGAGAAUCCCAACCGCAUUUCUCAGAAAAGCAAGAAAGUGACCGAAGUAGAUGUCGAAGCUCCUCGAGAGCUGUCUCGUCGGGAGAGGGAGGAGAUCGAAAAGCAGAAGUCCAAGGAACGCUACAUGAAGCUUCAUCUUGAGGGGAAGACGGAUCAGGCGAGGGCUGACCUGGCCAGACUCGCCAUUAUCAAGAAACAGAGGGAGGACGCUGCCAAGAAGAGAGACGAACUCAGGAAAGAUGCCGAGGAGGCUAAAGCGAAGCGUUAGUCACCUCCCCAACAACUUCAACAUGCACAUCAGACUCAGAGGGACGGACAAAGGCGCGGGAACACAUUUGAGUAGCGUCAGAACAUGACAUGGCUGCCCCCCACCCCACCCCGGGCUCCAUACACGUCCUUCACGUAACAUCGGAGGGACGACGUGCUCCACCCAGUACAGGAAAGCGGGUGAAAUCAUCGAGAGGUUAAGAGACAUGCAACAUUUGGGACCCUUUUGCAGGUUUUUCCAAGUGCUUACACUCUCUCUUUACUCUUCUUCCGCCAUCUUAAUUCUUAACGCUGCAAAUCAUUUGUAUUCCUUUUGGAAUUUAUUUGUUUUUACAAGAUGACGUUGGCACUCAAAAACAGCAGGGAGCCGAGACGAGGAGCUCUUAGGUGCUUGAACUUUUCCUUCCGCCCGACUCGUUUUUUGCCAGAAUGCCGCAAUCGGCGGACGGAAAGUCGGACUCAAAUUCAGAAUAGUAUACACAGCAAGUUUAUGAAAUGGACAUUUCUUGUAAUGCCUCAAAACAGAAAGACUAUUACUUGAACUACCUUUGGAUAAGCAUUGUUUAGUUUAGUUUUUUUUUUUUUUAAAUACCGUACUGCGUCUUUGGUAGCCUUUCAUCAAAGUGGCCUUGAUGUGGUUCUGCUGGAAUCCUCCGCUUAUUUCUUUUUUUUUUUUAAUGCAUUUUUUGUUCUCCAUAGUUAACAAAAGGCCACCUCACUGUCGUUUUGCCUAUCAGUAUUUUAUAUUUUCCAGAAUGGCAUUCCGUUUCAAAAUUCCCGACUCAACCAGACUUCCCUCGUUUGUUUCCCCUGAUUUGACAAAAUAUCCACUGCGAACAAUGUUUAAAGAACACUAAUCGUUUGGCAAUUUGUAAAAUCCAGCCGGUUUCGGCAUGUUUCAGGCAACCGUAACAAUCCCAGACUCCUUUAUAAAAGAACCAGGCCACCAACUGUUUUUAGGGAAAAAAACAAAACAAAAUGCAACAUAGAACCAAGUUCCUCACGUGUUUGAAGUCAUUUAAUAAAGAAAUUGAUUCACAAAUUGA